AUGGUCAGUUCUGUGAGAGGCUCAAUUUUCCUAAAGGCUGUGGACAGCAAGAACACGAAGAAAACCAGAGCAGAGGUUGGCGCAGAAAACGUUGUGCAGGUGGUGACGGACAAUGCAAGCAACUACGUGGUCAUAGGGGAGCUUUUGCAGCAGGAGUUUCCACAGAUUGUACACGUUUGCUGCAUUUGCCACGUUAUGGACUUGCUGUUCAAAGAUAUUGGAGCUCUAUCUUGGGUGCAGCCUUUUGUCAAUGGCUGUGCGAAGACAGUUACCUUCAUCACCUCAAAGCCACGGGUUCUAGCUCUUUAUAGAACUUUCUGCAAAUGGGACCUAAUAAAGCUUGUGACCACAAGGUUUGCUUAUAUUUUUCUCGUGAUGUCUCAGCUUCUGGAGACCACAAAUCUCUCCGGGCUUCAAAGAAUGGUGGUGAGCCAAGAAUGGAGACGACUUGACUGGUCUAAGAAGCCAGAGGGCCUGAAGCUGUGA